CACGUGAUGCAGAAAGCAGGAAGCGCAGCCACAUCCACACUCCACAGCAGCGCUAGAGUGAAAUUACAGACGGCUCGACCUGGACGGCGGAACGGGGACUGAGAAUAAACCAAUUAGAAACCAUGUUUUGGAGACUUUUCUUCGUGACAAUAUUACUAGCCUUCUUCGGAUCGUUGACAAGCCAGGGAUUUUCGCAGGAUGAAGACUGUUCUUCAUUGACUACUUGUGAAGCAUGUGGAAAUGUGACUCACUGCCAGUGGAUGAACUGCUCAGAUGGUAAACCUUCAUGUUAUAAUGACAGUGUUGUGAACCUAACAGCCAACUGCGUCAGUGUGAACUGCACAGGCCCAUCACCACCCCCGUCAGUGAGCCCCACCACCACAAACACUACCAUCAAUGCUACCACGACAGUCCCCACCACAUCAGUUGCUCCGACUCAAAACAGCACAGUCACAAACACCACGGCCAUAUCACCUACUACUAGUCCUCCAUCUAAAUCAUCCACAUUUGAUGCCGCCAGUUUCAUCGGGGGAAUUGUGCUAGUCCUUGGGCUUCAAGCGGUCAUCUUUUUCCUUUACAAGUUCUGCAAAUCCAAGGAUCGCAACUACCACACCCUGUAACAUGCUGCCACCUGGAGGCACCACACGGCACCACAAAACCCACACUCCAACCCAAAAGAGAGAGACACACAUUAUACUCACAGAUUCGAUGAAAUUUCCUAAACACUCCCCUGUAAUCCCCCAUAUUCAUCCUCACAUUUGUUUUAAUUUUAAUUCCUGUGAUUUGAGCUUUAUUUUUCAUUAAUGUUAGAGCUCUCAUAAUCACUCAAGUUCAUUAACACAAAAACACCCCACACACAAAGUAAUGCCCCAAGCCUUUUUGAGCAGUGGCAUUAUGGACUAUGCGAAAUGUGUCCUGCUUUCGUGUACAACCACAGCUUUCAAAGUUAUGUCCGUAAAUGUUUUUCAUGGUUUCAUUGUGUUUCCCCUGAAAGGCAUCGGAGGGGGCACCUUCUCAUCAUACCUACGACAAUACUUCCCAAUUUCCAGUGUUAAUUUCAGGUAUCUUCACUAGAACAGUGUUUUUAUACAGUUACCAUGACUGAUGGUUCUCAAUAUUCUAUCGAGUCCAUCAUCAUCAUCAUCAUCAUCACCACAUCCAAAAGUAAUAUCUGUAUAGUUCAGGAUUGAAUGAACAAAGUUUUCCCCCUUCAUUUCAAAUCUGUUGUGCAUUUUCAACACAUAGUCCUUUGGGUUGUAUCUGUCUGUGUGUGUGGUGUUUGAUUUCAAACCCUUUUUUGGCCAUUCCUCUCAUUUUCGCCAACCAAGAGAACCAACAUGUUUGCAAUAAAUAACAUUCCCCACCUUAGUCCCUCACUGUUAACUAUCUGUAGUUAGAGAACCAGUAGACAUCAGUUCUCAAAAUGAGUUAAAACUGGCGUCUCGCUCCUUUUUCUUCCCCAAAUGUGACAGUGGAGUGCUGGGUAAUAUCAGAGAUGCAUUAUAUACCCAUAGUUAGCAUCUUAUCAUUGUGGGGACUUACCAGCAUAUCGGCCAUUUUAAGUUGUACUUUCGGAGAGUUGGUGGAUUUGAAACAGUAGGAGUUCAGCCAAUCCAGUUCUACUAACAGCGGAAAUGAGUCUUCAUUAAAAUUAGUCUGUUCUACUGGACAUGCAAAUAGAUUGAGGCACUAUGAGAGCAGAGGAUCUAUGAUCCCAUUCAGAAUAAUUGACAGUUGAGUCAAAGUGCCUUUAGGUGGAGGCAGUGGCUUGCUGCCUUAAAAGUGAGCCUUAAAAGUGUGAAUGAGUUCGUGUUGGGCCUCCAUCGAGGCCAGGCUCUAUGUUAGUGUGUCUGCCUGUAUGUCAGUGUGUUUAAAGACGCGCAUGCAUGCUUGUUUUCGAUAAAGUAGAUCUAGUGUCUGCCAGCUGGACUGAUCGCUAAUUAAUCGUUAAUUCAUUCGUUGGAUUAAUAUAUCAUGUUUCCCAAAAGCUUCUCUCUGUUAUUGAGGUUCUUUUUUUUGUUUUUGUUUUUUGCUAGUGCAGAAAUGUCGGUCAGAUUCUAGAACUCCCAUUUAAAAACAGAUUGAUAUUUGUACAUAAUCGGAACACUUUGACCAUAAACUGAAUCAAUAAGCUGAGGUGUACAUACUUCAGGGCGAUUAAAACAGGCUUGUACAUAGAGCCUAAUGUUUUUUUAAGGAGCUUUUGUGUUAAUUACCCUUAAGAGAACUGAAAUGUGCCCUAGAAAAGCGCAUUCAGGAUAUGUUUUGCUUAGUCUGUCGUUUCUGUCUAUCGCUACAGUCAUCUGCAGAUUUUGAUGGAGUCUUAGAGCUGUGACAUACUCAUCAUUUAAUGCUUGGGUUUGAUAUCUUAAAAUAUAAUUACUGCGUUAGGGUGAAUUUAUUUUGAAUAGACCUACACUACGCCUAAUUCCUGCCUUGCUUAUUUCAUUUGGUACUAUGUUCAUAAAAUCAUUUUUCUGGCUAGUGUGUUGGCACGUUUAUAGGCAGAGGGACUGUCAUUUUUUUUCCUUCAUUCCUGUGUUAUGAAAUUUGAAAUGUAAUAAUCUUGAUUAGCUUGCUGCUAAUAACUUCCUCUGCGAGUUGUAAUGUUGUUGGCUUGGGAAGUGAUUCACGUUAUUUGGGUUGCAAAUUUUGUAAUGGCAGUAAGGAAUCGUUUUGUUUGCUGUGUGCUUUCGUUUUCAUCUGCUUUUUUGAUAUUCUAAUGUCGCAAAUGUUACAUUUCCAGCAUUGUGUUAAUUGCAUGUUUCUCAGAAGAUGACUGUUUAGGCCUCACUUCCUUUAUUGAACCACUCUAAUUGCUUGUCCAUUGUCGUAUCACAGUGCUUAAAUGCCAAAGGUGUCUGUCUUAGCACGAGUCACUGAAAAGCUGCUAUAAUGCUUCACAAGCUUCAUCAUGCCCAUAGUGUAGUCAGAUGAAAUCCCGUUGUUUGCCAUUUUGCUUCAGCUUUGCCAAAUUAAAAACACUGUUUACUUAAGAGUUCAGACUACAGUGUUUCCAUUUUAGGUUUUUUUUUUUUUUUAAUAGUUAUCAUAAAUACAAAAAUACACAACUCAUCAUAGUAUUGUCUGUUUAGCAUCAGGCUACAUCCAAAGAUCCCACACAUAGUUGCAAAUGAAUUUUAGCUGUGCAUGCAAAGGGCUAUAAAGGACAUUCUGCAUUUUCGGGUGAACUAUCCUUUUAUUACAAGUUCAGAGCUCGGUCAAGGAUGCUAAUGUUUGAGAAGGUAAACCACUCAAAAUCCUCUCACUCUCAGAGAAUUCAACCUAACUUAAAGUAGUUUGUGGCCUUGAUUUCUUAUGCCAUUAUGUUUGUGUGCAUGCAUCAAAUUUCCACAGAAACAGCCAUAACAAUGCCAUAUUGUGCCAUUGCUCUGAGCUAGUGUUGCAUUCCUUGCUUCACCUUUUGAAUAUAAAGUGCCUUUAUUAAGAUUAGAUGAUGAGAAUUACUAUCGAGUUGGAAGAGUUACACUCAAAAGGACUUGAACAUUUUAGAGUGAAGGUUUGGUCUAUUCAAGUUGUGAGCAGAUAAUGAGAGGUACAUGGACUAUAGGAUCUCGCUUGUGCUUGUUAUCUAAAUGCAAAGUAUUUAGUUACUAAAUUUUUUUUUUUUUUUUUUUUUAAUAACUGUAAUUACCUAUGGCCUGCUGUCCAGUAGUGUAUUUUUUUUUUAUUGCUUCACAUAAACAUGCACAUGCCCCACAUCUUGUCAAUUAGAAGACACUUACUGUUGCGUCUGUAUCCAGAAAGUCUGCCUUAAUAGUUUUAUGCUCUAUUGUGUUGGUUUUAUUUCUCUGGAACUCUUUCUUUUGUUCUUGUGUUUCAGAUCUGCAUUCACAAUUAGGUUGAAAAUGUGAUUAAUUAAUUAAUUAAAGUUUGAGUAUUGUAAAA